AGAUAUUAGCAUCUUUACUUAGUCAAAACAGCUUCACGUUAUCUGUCGCCACAGUCAAUCUUUCUACAGACAUUACAAUUAUAAGUUUCCAUGAUGUCAAAGUGGGCGCACAUAAUCAGCUUUGGUACGCGGACUGGCGUCUCAUCGGAAGUUCUACGUUCGUUUUCAAGGAACAACAGGUUGUUCCAGAGUAAAGAAGGCUUGUGCAGUAAGCGUUCGAUGAGCAUUCAAUCCUAUAGGAAAUGUGAUGUUGUGGUUAUAGGCGGGGGCGCUGUGGGCGCGUCCACAGCAUAUUGGCUGAAAAAGCGUGCCAAAAAGGAUCUUAGUGUCAUUGUCCUCGAACGAGAUCCAACUUACAAGGAAGCUUCCACGGUGUUGUCAGUUGGUGGAGUGCGGCAGCAAUUUUCCUUACCUGAAAAUAUUCAAAUGUCCAUAUUUGGCGCCGAGUUUGUACAAAACUCAACAAAAUAUCUAGGUGAUGUGGAUUUAUGUUUUCGCCCGCAUGGUUAUUUAGUACUAGCUUCAGAGAAAUGUGCUGAAACUCUAAAAGAAAAUUCGAAGUUGCAAAACGAAUUGGGCGCGCGGAAUGAACUAUUGUCACCUUCGCAACUGAAACAAAAAUUUCAAUGGAUUAAUACUGACGAUGUAGCAUUAGGUUGUUAUGGGUUUGAAAAGGAGGGCUGGUUUGACCCAUGGGCACUACUUGCGGGUUUCCGCAGUCAAGCAAAAGAACUUGGUGCCCAUUUUCUUCACGGCGAAGUCCUCGAUUUCGGUAUACCAAAGAGUUCAGACACACUAAAUUCGGUAAAAGUUCUGGCCAAAAACAAUGAAACCUGCGUCGUUGAUUUCGACAUUUGUGUUUUGGCUGCCGGAGCACGCUCUGGCCAAAUUGCCCGACAGGCGAAUAUCGGUAACGGUUCCGGCACGUUAUCGACACCGCUCCCAGUCGAGCCACGUAAGCGCUUCGUAUAUGUUUUCACCACACAAGGCGAGAAUGCACCUGGUCCGGGCACACCACUGACUGUUGAUCUCGAUGGCACAUAUUUCAGACGGGACGGCAUGGGUAGCAAUUUUAUUACAGGCCGCAGUCCGAAUCAACAUACCGAACCAGCUGUUAAUAAUUUGGACGUGGAUCAUGAAUUUUUUGAAACGGAUAUAUGGCCAACUUUGGCUAAACGCUGCAAUGCUUUUGAAUCAAUCAAAGUUUGCGGCAGUUGGGCCGGCUAUUAUGAGUACAACACUUUUGAUGAGAAUGGCAUCGUGGGACCACAUACAUUCUAUAAAAAUCUUCUGAUUGCAACAGGGUUUAGUGGACAUGGUAUUCAGCAAUCGCCUGCCGUUGGACGUGCCAUUUCGGAAUUAAUACUAGAUGGCCGUUUUAAAAGUAUCGAUCUAAGCAGACUUGGUUUCGAUCGAAUUGCUUCCAAUAGACGAAUGUGCGAAUCAAAUAUUUAUUGACCUACGUUUUCUCGCCCAUACAUCGAUACCUUCAGAGGGUAUUUUUGUUCAAAUUUCAUAUCUAUCUAUAAAAUUCAACGAAAAACAUCUUUGGAAUUUAUACUCAUAUGAGCGCGUUCUUUAUAUCGCAUUUCGGUAUGAUAAAAUACGUAAAGGGGUGGCUGGCUGAUGCAUUUCCACAACAUAAUCGAACGAUCCUACUAACUUCGUAUGUGAUAAUCAAAUUAAACUUAAACGAGAAAGCCAGACUCCAAAAAAGAUGUAUGCUUUCUAAACAUUGCUGUCGACUGCUGCCCAAAAUUGUGGAGUUAUAUCGUGUUAUAAUUAGUUUAACUUACAUAAUUUUCAGCACACCUUUUAUAAAAAUAAAUAAGUAUUUGAAAAAAUUUCGCUACCAAGGGCGAACCAAAGAUUUCUCGUUUUCUUAUGAAAAUGCCAGGGUUCGUGUACCAGUCCGACUAAUAUCCAAAAUAAUAGACAUUUUUUAUAAUAGCAUCCGCCCCUCGGCAUUGAGUGUAUUUCAGGCAAGACAUGAAAAGAUUGCGACUUAGCAUAAACUGUAGAUUUCAUCAUUUGUUGAAAAAACAUUAGACAAAUGAGAUAAAUGGUAAUAUUUAAAUCUAGUGCAGGUUAAAAAAAAAAUUAGAAAUUUUUAAACCAUUUCUGAUAAAGAGCGAAAUUUCUUUUUAGGAACAACGGUAAUGAAUUCUCAUGUGAUGGCAAAUUGCAACUUACUCCAAGUAUCCUUAAAUUAAUGCAAUAGUUUGUUAUAACACAUGUACAUAUGUCCGAGUAAAUAUGUAUAUCGGCUUACUGAAUUAUCCAAAA